AUUUUGUAAACCACUGCUUAUAUUCUGACAGUUCAGACUACCUUGCAAAUGGUGCUAUCUACUAAAAAUUUAUUCUAGUUUGAAAUCAAGUAAGAAUUAAUUGGAAAAUAAUCAACGUGAUUAUCUCAUAGUCAUUUAACGCUUUGAUAAAGUGAAAAGCUUCUUUAAAAAUGACGAAAACCCAUCAGAACGAAACUAGGAACGAAAUCACUUUAUAUUCAAGUCACACCACAGAUGAAAAGUCAUCCCCAACAUCUUUUGAAUUAUCGACAUUUUGUGCUGAAACAAUAACUGGAUUUUUGGAUGGUUUGUCUGCGGGUCGUCGUUUGAAUGCCGAGCGUGAAGUGUGUUUGGAAUUGUUCAAUAAAUGGAAUGAAUAUAACCAAAUUGAUUUCGUGUUGUUGCUUCUGAAUCAAAUGAACCAGCAACAAUGCGAUCAAAUAAAUACAUAUUUAACGCCAUUGCUGCGACGAGAUAUGAUUUCAAUGUUUGCAAAAUGUGGCGUUGUGCAUAUAGCAGAGGCAAUACUGCUUUAUUUGGAUUUUGAUUCGUUGAAAGUGGCAGAUUCACUGUGCCACGAAUGGUCGCGUAUCAUUUCAGAUGGUAUGAUAUGGAAGAAAUCAAUCGAACAUAAGGUGCAAACCGAUUCACAAUGGCUUUCGUUGUGCAAACAUCAAAAAUGGUUUCAAUAUUUAUUCAAACCACAGCCGGGUACACCGCAUCCACCGAAUUCCUUUUAUUAUUCACUUUAUACGAACAUCGAAAAAUACAUUGAAAAUACAAGGAAUAAUUGGCAAAAUGGAUUGUUCAAUUUGACAAGAAUUAGUUGCAAUUCGGCGCGAUCAAGAGGUGUUUAUUGUUUGCAGUACGACGAUGAAAAAAUUGUGGCCGGACUACGUGACAACACAAUUAAAAUAUGGAAUCGCAAUAAUUUAACACAAUCCAAAACGCUGAGCGGACACACUGGUUCUGUGCUUUGCUUACAAUUUAAUGAUCAAGUUAUUAUCACUGGUUCCAGCGACUCGACUGUUCGAAUUUGGGAUCUGAACACUGGCAACGAAAUCAACACAUACAUUCAUCACAGCGAAGCUGUGCUCCAUUUACGCUUCAACAAAGAUAUGAUGGUUUCAUGCUCACGGGACCGAUCGAUUGCUGUUUGGGAUUUAUCACCAAAGAUGGAACUUUCAUUCCGUCGAGUAUUAGUUGGACAUCAAGCCGCUGUGAAUGUCGUUGAUUUUGAUGAAAAGUAUAUUGUGUCUGCGUCGGGUGAUCGGAUAAUUAAAGUGUGGAGUUCAUCUGAAUGUGAUUUUGUACGAGAUUUAGUCGGACACACACGCGGUAUCGCUUGUUUGCAAUACCAUGAUAAUUUGGUUGUCACCGGCAGUUCAGAUUGUACAAUCCGUAUUUGGAAUGUUGAAUCUGGCGAAUGCAUACGAAUACUUGAAGGACACCAUAAUUUAGUUCGAUGCCUUCGCUUCGACUCAAAGCGCAUUGUAAGUGGUGCAUACGAUGGAACAAUCAUUGUAUGGGACUUAAUCGCAGCACUCAAUCCAGAUGUUAGCAGUGAUUCAUUGUGUCUAAGUAAACUGAAGGAACACAAUGGAAAACUAUUUCGACUACAGUUUGACGAAUUUCAAAUUGUUAGCGGCUCACAUGAUGACACCAUAUUGAUAUGGGAUUUUGUGAACUUCACACCACCCGAAUGUGCAGUUGAAGCCAGACGAUCACCAUCACCUGUUCGGAUGGAAAAUUAACGGCCUCUAUUCUCACCAAUUUCUUUGUUAUCUACAUUUUAAGAGAAAAUAUUACUUCAUACGAUCUAUGCGACCAUGGAUGAUGAUCCAAAUAUUCAGACUUUUGCCAGAAGGUAAAACAACGAUGACACAAUUCUAAUAUGGGAUUUUUUGAAUUACACAUCGCCAGAAGAAGGUCAAUCGCCUAAAGCCGUCAAUUUUAGAUCAAAUUUGUUUAUAUUUGACUGUUCAUACGGAAUGUAAACAUUUUGUGUACUUCUAUUAUUCAUAUGCAAACUUGGAUAAAGUAGGUUUAGAAAUUAUUGUAUUAUUUCUACUAAAAAUUCGCGCAUUGGAAGUCGAUUGAAGCGAUUACUAAAAUGUGUUUUUUUUUUUUAAAUUGGCAAAGCCGACGAUGCUCAUUAAAAUGCUUUAAAUAUAAAAACAAAUUACAAAUUCUAAA